AUGUACCCCUUCUCCGCGAUGCUUCACCCGGCCCACGAUGCGGCGGCGGUGCUUGUGAGCUCGCGAGCCAGCGCAGCGCCGAGGACUUCGACUUCGAUGAACACAAACAUGAUGCCCGACUCGAUCGCUUCCGUGACCAAGCUCGCCUUCGGUGGUCUCAACGUGGACAUGUCGCUCGACUGCUCCCAGUCGAACGCGCUUACAUCGGCGUCGUCGGCGUCGCCAUCGUCGUCGCCCUUCUCUGCCGCCGCUGCCGCCGCGACGCCCCACUUUGAAUUUCAGAUGCCCACCACCGUCGGCGCAAUUCCCACCGGUGCAUUUGCGACGCAGCAGCAACAGCAACUCGAUUUGGCAUCAGCCGAGCUCUUCUACCAAUUCGACUAUGGAGAUUCCAAAGCCGGUGACGAUGUCACUCAAACGUUCAUGCAAAGUCAGUACAUCAUCGAUGAUCGAGGUUCUACCACCUGCGCGGCCGAAACGGUCCGAACGCGCACUAAAACCUAUCCCCUGUCUUGCGCCCCCUCCCCUUCCCGCCCGCUCUCAGACUUUAUGAACAUGCCGAUGGACAAGCCCGUCUCUGGAUUCGGACCCACUUUCCCCUCCAAUGCUCUCGCCGCCCCUCUGCCCCCUUUUGACCCUUUCGUCCUGCCCGAAGUCCUGGCCCCCGAAGCCCGCAAAUCGCCCCGCGAAACGGCGCUCUCGUUCGACCAAGGCCUCGACUCCCCCCUCGGCUUUGACAGUCCCGACUCUGAAGCUGCUGGUGGAUUAUUCGAUGAGGACGAUCUCGAUGAGCUUCCUCCUUUGGACUUUGACUCUUUCGUACAAGAACCCACGCACGCAUCCGUCGUCCCUUCACCUCCGUCGGCGACAUCCCAACAAGCGUCGAUCGAAACCCCCUUUGACCUCUCGUUCCCUUCCACCUUCGCCGCCCCGUCUACAACUUCGUCGACUCUCACACCCGCUUCAUCGUACGAGACCACCGCUCCUACACCUUCCACUUCGACCGACGUUCCUCAACCCACGACCAGGACCCGUCGAACGAAAGCGACCGGCUUCCGAGGCGUGCACACCAAAUUAACCGCGCUCGACGCGCCUAUCCAACAAAGGACUUAUGUCGUGCCUUCCGUCACCGCAAGGAAACGCAAGACGAUGGCCGUGGAGAGGGAAUUGGCAAAGAGGUUGAUCGUCGAAAUCGAACCGCUCAAGAAAGAGGCGGAAGUGGUGUGCGAAGUUGCGUCGUCGACUUUGAAGGAGGAAAUGGAUUCGACCCUACCGGAGGAUCUCGUUGAAGCUGUCGAGAAGAAGAGGUUGCAGAAUACUUUAUCGGCGCGCAAGUCGAGGCAGAGAAAACAAGAGAGGUUGGCCGAGUUGGAGGAGAGGAACGUUGAAUUGGAGGGGGAGAAUAAGAGGCUGGAGGAGAGGGUGAAGGACUUGGAGAGGAGGUUGGCGAUGGCGGGCUUGUUCUAA